UUGUGCUAACAUAUUUUGUAAAAUGCAAUUCCUCGUAUCCUCCAAACAAAGGAAUGAAAAGAAGGAAGUCUACGUUCACUCCGAACGGCUUCUUCCUUUCUCUAUCAAAUAGCUGCCGACCCUCUUCUUCUCCGGCGACACUCCAGCGGCCACACCCACCGAACGCCCAGCUCUGUAGUCGACGACAGUCUACGUUCACUCCAAACGGCUUCAGGAGCUUUGUUUCUUCUCCGUUCGAGACUCCAGCGUGAACGAACAACAAGUUAUGGAUCACGUUUUCGACGACUGGGUAUGUAUUGCAGGCUGCAGCAGCAUUUGUGGCUUGGGGAUAAGCUUUUGGCUGUUAUCCACACCCUGAUUGGUUUCAAAUUAGCGUUUAAAGAUUGGAUCCAGCUAAAGUUCGAUAAAAAUUGAUGGCAAAUCAGGUGAUAGUUUUAAGGGUAGUUAGGGUGACUCGAUUCCGAAGCAGCCACCAAGCGGAGUCUAGGUCGAAUUUUUGUUCCCCUUGAUUAUUCGAUAUUUACAAACUCUUGUCUAAUUUGGUCAGUUUAGCCUUUUCGAUUCCCAUUGUCAGCCAUCUCUAUUUCCCAAUCUGGAAAUUUUUUUCUUAACCUUUCUUACUUAUGAUUCUACAAAUUACUAGAAUCCCUCAUCGUUUCACCCAGAUUCGUGCUUUUGUUGAUGCAAAGGUCAAAUGGGUUAGAGAUCCAUACCUUGAUUUUGCAGUUCAAAGAGAGAAAAACCUCAAACAAGUAAUUUCCCUCAAGAAUAUAAUCAUUUCGAGUCCUUUAACAUCUGUUCCACUUUCUUCUGUCUCUUUGCUUAAACAGAACCUCAAAGUUCCCACUACCACCAUCUCCAAGUUCUUCGAGUUAUACCCUUCUGUUUUCAUCCAAUUCCAGCCUAGUCUUGGCCUCCAUCCUCACGUCAAAAUCACCUCACAAGCUUUACUUCUCCACAAGGAAGAAUCAACCAUUCAUAACUCUCGACCUCAUAGAGAUGAUGUUGCGAAGAGGUUAGCAAAACUAUUGAUGCUCACAGGGGCUGGAAAAUUGCCCCUAUAUGUUAUUGAGAAGCUGCAAUGGGAUUUGGGUUUACCGUAUAGGUUCAUUCCAACCCUUCUUGCUGAUUAUCCUGACUAUUUUCAAGUUUGUAGUGUGAAAGACUGUUUAACAGGUGAACAAACUCUUGCAUUAGAGCUACUUUCUUGGAGGAAAGACCUUGCAGUCUCUGAAUUGAAGAAAAGGGAAUAUCUGGAAGGCAAUUUUGGGAGUAGGAAAAGAAAUCGUAUUGCAUUUCCAAUGAGUUUCCCGAGGGGUUUUGAUUUGCAAAAGAAAGUGAUGAAUUGGGUGGAGGAGUGGCAGCAUCUGCCCUACAUUUCGCCCUACGAGAAUGCAUUCCAUCUAGCACCAAAUAGUGACCAAGCUGAGAAAUGGGCUGUGGCUGUUCUCCAUGAGUUGCUUUACCUUACGAUCUCAAAGAAAACCGAAAAGGAGAACAUCUACUGCUUGGGAGACUAUUUGGGGUUUGGCUCUAGGUUUAAGAAAGCCAUAGUUCAUCACCCAGGUAUAUUUUAUGUAUCAAACAAGAUUAGAACACAAACUGUGGUUCUUAGGGAGGCUUAUAAGAAGGAUUUUUUGUUAGAGAAGCACCCUUUGAUGGGGAUGAGGCAUCAGUACCUUCACCUUAUGAACAAAGUGAUAAGGAAACCUAGACCAGGUAUCAUAUUAGCUUCUUCCAGAGGUAAAAGACGCAAUAUUGCAUUUGCCAAUAAAGAAGUUUAACUGAAAGAACUCGUUAUGCUUUUUCAUUCAUUUGUCUUGAGGAAGACUAUGCUCUCUCAUAGCAGUGCAUUUCAUGAGUGAAAACAGUAUUAAAGCCUUCAUGCUCAGACAUGACUCUGGCUGCUGUUGAACUGUUUUUUCUUAAGGGCUUGGUGACAUCUUGAUAGAGCAUCAGAGAAAUUUUGUUGGUUAAAUUGUGUUUAGGUUAGCGUUAAUUGACUAGUAUUCUCCCUUUUGAGGUAGAAGGUUCAAUAAAGGGUAGCGAAUAAUUAGACCUAACCAUUGUUUGUAAUAAAUUGCUUCCGUUGAAUUGUAAGUUGUAAAAGUGUUUAUAUUUCUUAAGUUUUCCAUGUUUUUGUUA